UCACCCCCGUCGGAAUUAAUUUGCCAUGGUAUAUUCCAAGAUGGCGGCCUCCAUGGUGUGUCGAUAUGCGCUGUACUCCAGGUGCCGGUCGGUUUCACUGAGUGCUGCACUCACAGGAAAACGAUUUAUUCUGUCAUCAGCGUAUAUCAACAGUGAGAGAUGGGAGAAACUGGAAAAAGAGCCUCACAGUUUAGCGUCGCUGUCAAUUUUAAUGGACAAAACCUAUGAGAAGAAGCUUCCGGUUAGCUCCCUGACAAUCGCACGGUUCAUAGACAAUAUUUCAAGCCGCGAAGAAAUAGACCAAGCAGAAUACUACAUUUACAAGUUUCGGCACAGUCCAAAUCAUUGGUACUUGAGAAACUGGACGAUACACUGCUGGAUUCGACAGUGUCUUAAAUAUGGUGCCCAGGACAAGGCCCUCUAUACUUUGAAGAACAAGGUUCAGUAUGGCAUUUUCCCUGAUUGCUUCACAUUCAACUUAUUACUGGAUACAUUCCUCAAGAAUGAGAAUUAUGAAGACGCUGUUUCUGUUGUGACUGAGAUAAUGCUGCAAGAGAGUUUUGAUGAAAUUUCUACGCAGCUUCUCUCUCUCUAUGCCUUACAUAAAUACCUUUCAGGACAACCAGACCUCAAGUGGAGUGAAGAGAAAAAUCUUGGUGCUUCGCUCCUGCUAGCCGGCAUGUGUCAGGAAAAUACAGUGGGUUACAGCUCGCAACUCUAUGGCUAUGCGCUACUUGGUAAAGUGGAACUGUCCAAUGGCAUAAGAGCCGUUUACAAUCAAAUGCCACUGAUGUGGACCCCUGGAUAUUUUAGAAGAGCUCUGGACACGAUAGAAAAAGUUUUACAACUACCUGGAGACAUCAAGAUAAGCAGAAGCUCAAUUGAUAUGUUAAAAACUGCUUUGGAUUCGGCAGUUUCUCAACAGUUAGAAAAAACUGCGCCAGAAAACGCUGAUGCUUCAGAAAUGAAGACAGAAGAUUCAGAGACGACGGAGGGAGAUUUGCUCCCUGAAUAUCUUAAAAGAUUUCAGGAGCUGAAUGGAAAGCUGGAGUCUCUUGGCAGAAUCGAAGCUGACAGCCUGCUGUGUCUGACCACCCAGCUUGUCCAAGAGAAGCUGCCAGAGUGUGAAAAGGCAGAUAUUGAAAAGUACGAGAGGCUUCUCAAAGACUGGGAGCAGGAGAGAGCUGAACUCAACGCAAGAGAAAAGGAAAUGAAAGAAAAGGCUAGACAGGAGUUUGAGGCCAGGCAAGCGGCCAAAGCAGCUGAACAGCAUCAGCAUGCUGCUACUGUCUGAUUACUCCGGGUUUACCCAUUAAGAUAUAGAGAAAAAUAAUUAAAUCUCCCACUUAUUGCCAACAUCAUUGCCUUGCCUUCUGAAACCGGUGACCAUUCCAUCCCUACAGCGCAAUGAUAAUUGUAAAUAGAAUUAAUCAAGUUUGGGUUAAAAGCAACAGAAAAUGUUUCUGGAGGUUUUCAUGCACUUCUUUCACUUACACUUACUCCUUAUUUUGUUAUUUGCUUUGUAACAACGGGCUCUUUAAUAUCUAUUUAUGUAAACUGUAUUUUUUUGUUACCCCCUACAUCAAUAAAAACAUCAACCUCUA